AUGCUCCGAAGAGCAUCUCUAGCAAUUCCUGUCGUCUUGGAACAAGGGGACGAUGGCACGUGGUUCCCGGGCGAUAUCAUCACCACCGAGCGGAGUGGGAUGUGUUUACUGCUCGUUUCGAUGUUGGAUAUUUGGCGACACCGAAGGAUGCGAAGGUUAUUGCCCACAUCGAUGUUGUUAGGAACGACCAAAUAUACAAACACAUCCUCGACUUUGUUCACAAGUUCACGCCAGAGGGAAAGUCAACAUUGUUCCUCUUUCCCCUUCGAGCCUGGUCGACUUCCGCUACCUCGUUAUAACUUGUUCUCCUCAUCUCAAAGUCGUCACCAGCGGAAGGCUGGAAGCUUCUCUCCACAUAAUAUCUUAUUCUUUUUUGUUUCAAAAGCACAAAAAAAAGCCCUGAACAACAAUCGCUUUCGCUGGUCUACUAUGAUGAAAUCGCUGGUUUUUUCGACUGUUCUUCUCGGAAUCUUCUGGAGCUGCCUAGCCAUGGACUCACAUCUCAAGGGAGACGAGGCGAACGCGAGUACGACCCACCACUUGGAGUUGUCCAAAAGGGCAAUCGAAUUAAGUGGCGGGAUUUUUCCCGCCUUGGGGGGCGAGCCCCUGGCAGGCAAAGUAUUCACGACGACGGGGAGCAGAGUGACUCUGAGUAACAAUGUUGUUCCGAGUCGAAAGCGAAAAGCUUUGACGUUUAUCGCGAAUCCUCAGCAGAUUUCUGGAAACACUCCUAAUCUGAAAGUCGACCCAAGAUUACAACAAACGCCGAGUAAUGCCAAUCGUGCCCUGUUAGCCCCUGCGAAGGUCCCCGAGGAAUCAGAUAUUGUUGAUCAGAGCCUCCAGGAAAAGGCCGACACAGUCGAUUCACCAUCAAGCGGAAAGGAUUUGGUGGCCGCUGAGGAACACACCACGCUCGCUAGGAGAUCACUCAUCCGUCGGUCUUUGUUUGAGCAAAAAUUCGUGGAAAAGAGGGGACUCCAAAGUGAAGCUGAUGGCGACUCAUCAAGGUAUUUAAGCUUUCAAGCUUCCCAAGAGUCCCAACGGAACCUGGGCGAAUUCCCGGCACUCGGCGGAUUGAAAGGCACUGUCUCUUCGGCGGAGGCGCGCAAAACAGUGGAAGCAGCCAAAUCUUCUCCAGCACCCAACCCCCCGCCGCCAGCUGAUUCAGAGCCGGGUGCUCCACCGAAACUAUCCGGUGCACAAGCUUCUGGAAAGACACUCUCGAGCACCCUCCAGGCAUUCAAGAACCACCCCCAGCCACCCCCAGGCCUCCGAUUCGCAGCAUGGGCACCCCCCACCCGCCUGCUGACCAUCUCGAGCAGGGGGAUCGCCGUCUGGGAAACCGCAGACCUCGAGGCGCUCGAACAGGCCAUCGACAUCCCCUGGCUCCAGCUCAACACCCCCAGCCUCGAGCCCAUCGCAGCCGCCCUCCUGCCAGGCCACACCCCCACCCGCAUCGCCGUCCUCUGCAACUCGCUCGUCCAGCGCACCUCCAGCCUCCUCAUCCUCGCCGCCCCAAGCGCAGCCCCCGCACACAUCCUGCAUGCCCACGACCUGCCGGCCACCGCCUCCGAGCUCAAGACCAGCCAGAAGCUCAUCGCCGUCGCCACCAGCGCGCCCCCCGCCCUCCACCUCUUCCAGCACGACCUCAUCCCGCUCCCCUGCUCGCCCAUCCUCGACCUCGCCCCCAGGCCCGGCUCCGGAACCCCCGUCUUUGCCCUCGGCCAGUCCCGGCUGCUCGUCUACGCCUCCUCCACGCCCCACCACUGGCCAGCCGGAGAGCCGCAGCCGUCGAUUGCCGCCGGCCCCGGCCUCGCCUUCGCCGCCCCCCCGCCCGCCGACCGGCCCGGGCGUGAGAAGGAGCCCGUCUGCCGCUGCCCCGCCCGCCACGCCUCCCACUCCGCCAUCAUCCCCCCCGCCUCCUGGAAACACUCCGUCGCUCCCAACCUCGACGCUAUCGACGAAACCGCACGCAGACUCGGCGGCGGCCUGCUCUCCGGCGCCAAGUAUCUCAGCUCCUGGGGCCAGAACCUCUGGAGCCCCAGCGACGCCUUCCCCCUCGACCCGGCCUUCUCCCAGAGCGCACCGCUCCCUCGCAUCAUUCCAGCCGCCCGCCCGACGCCCUCGGCCCGCCCGGAAGAAUCCGCGCACGGGAACGUCAAGGUGCUCGACCUGUUCUCGCCCUCCAGCGCCCAGCCGCUCUUCCACUUCAAGAGCUCGCCCCACCCGCUCACCUUCGUCUCCCUCAACCCCGCCUCGACCAUGCUGCUCACCGCCUCCACCGACGGCCACGCCUUCCACGUCUUCGAGCUCCGUCCGCCCUCCCGCAUCGGCCUCUCCCACCCCCACGCGCCCCGCGAGGCCGCCGUCUGGCACCGAUACAAACUCGCUCGCGGCUUCACCGCCGCCGAGGUCGCCGACGUCGUGUGGCGCUGGGACUCGAAGAUCGUCGCCGUCCUCACCGAACACGGCACCCACCACCUGUUCGCCAUCCACCCCGCCGGCGGGACUCCCACGACGGCCGACUCCGGAAGAUCGUCCCGAGCCGCCGGCCCCGCCGACCCGCUGUCGGCGAUCUUCAGUCCCCGCGUCCACAACCCCCGCGCCCCCCCUCCGCUCUCAAUCACCGUCUCGGCCUUCGAGAAAAUCAAGCACAAGGCCGAUGACCACGCACAACACGACGCCAUCCUGUCGGAGGUCCACAAACGUGCGCCCAGCGUGCUGGUCCACGACCCCUCGACGAACACCAUCACGCUGUACGCCUUCGAGCGCAAGCGAACCGGCCCCGCCGCCUCCCCGCUGCCGGCCGCGGGCGAGGAGACCCACAAGAAGACGCCCUCGGGCCUCUCCCAGCUCAUGAUGCAGCAGCCCAAGCUGGGCCAAAGCGGGACGACGCCGGCGGCCGUGGCCAGCUUUUCCCCCGCGCUCGACACCUUCAGCCAGUCCCCCCGCAUCCUGCCCCGCUCCAUCUACCUCGCCCACCAGCUCGACUUCUUCCAGCUCCUCCGCCCCCCGUCGGCCCAUGCCGGGCUGCUGGCGGCGGCCGACUGGGACCACCUCGAGAUGCGCAAGCUCAGCGUGAAGGCCGAGGUGCGCAUCCAGCCGGGCGACCUGGGCACGGACCCCCAUCAUGGCCGGGCCGACGAGGAAGAGCGCCUGGACCACCUGGAGGCCGAGCGGUUCGUGAACGACGAUUACGCCCCAGGGAGUCCGGAGGAGGUGUACGUCGGGCCGCUGCGCUCGGCCGUCCAGGCCGGCCUCGCCCCGCACCGCGUCCCCGUCCCGCCGGGCUUCCCCAACGGCGUCCCCGCCAAACGCGGCCCCGCCGCACACCCCUUCGCCGGCCUGCUCAAGCUCGCCGCCGCCGACGUCCGCCCCGUCGUCGGCGUCGUCCACGGCCGCGUCCGCAAACAGCUCCGCCGGAUCGCCCGGCGCUCCUCGUCCGCCGCUUGGCCUUGGGCCUCCCCUCCUGUCCCCGGCUCGCAGGAAGAGGCCGACCGGACGUCGCAUCCCCCGGAGAACGAGGAUGGCGGAUGGACCGGCUGGGACGGCUGGACGUUCGACGACGCCGCCGACCUCGCCCCCGACCACCCGCGCCCCGUCCUGCUCCCCGCCGCCAAGAUCCCCGCGCCCCUGGCCCCCGCUUCUCGCCCCCCUGACCUCACCCCCGCCGCUGGCCACCUCCCCGCCCGCUCCGACUCGUCCGCCACCUCCACCUCCUCCUCCCCCGCCUCCGGCUCCACUCCGUCGUCCACUGACCUCCUCCCGUCCUCCCGCCCCCGCCCGUCCGCGCUCUCGCCGCCUUACCCUCCCUCGGCAUCCGCCCGGCCCCCGCCUCCGCGGUAG